GUGCAAUCCCACCCACUUCAUGCCCUCCACUAUCUCCUUCCUUCUCUCACUCCCUUCAUCUGAUCAUCUCUCCCUCAACAGAAUAUGAGAAACGCCAUUAACAAAUAUUUUUGUCUCCAGAACUCCUCAAUUUUUCUAUUUCUCUCCUUAUUGUUUCACCACACUCUCCUCAUCUCUGGAAACUCACCAUCUCUUCUUAUCGACAACAUAACUCUUGAUUGUGGCUCGGCCAGCGAGGGACAUGCACGAGAUGGCCGAAUCUGGACUGCAGAUGCCAAUUCGACGUUCUUGCUUCUAGAUCCAACCAACGCAUCAAAAAUUUCCUCAACUCUUAAAUCUCCUAUGAAUGAUGCUGUACCAUAUAUAACUGCUCGGCUUUCUCGCUUCGAAUUCACCUAUGUAUUUCCUGUGACCUUCGGGACGAAAUUCAUUCGCCUCUACUUUUAUCCAUCUUCCUACCCUGAUUUCAGCAGCUCAAUCCCUUUUUUUUCUGUCAAAGCCAAUCGCUACACCCUUCUUAGUAACUUCAGCUCUGCCCCUAAUGCUCAGGAUGCUGGCUUAGAUGGGUUUGUUAAAGAGUUCUGCUUAAAUGUUGAAGAUGGUGAAACGUUGAACAUAACAUUUGCUCCGAUUCCUGGUGUGACUGAUGCUUAUGCUUUCGUCAACGGGAUUGAAAUCGCAUCCAUGCCAACCAAACUUUAUUACACAGACGAGGGUUUCAAAUUUGUUGGCAGCUGGAACAACGAAAGCAGCCUCGAAAGCAACACUGCUUUGGAGCUGAUGUACAGAAUAAAUGUGGGAGGCCAAUUCAUCGAACCCCAAAACGACACUGCAAGAAUGUUUCGAAGCUGGAAUAGUGAUGAUGAGUAUUUAUCUAUUGCAAAACCAAGUGCGCUGCUUUAUAACAACACCAUUCAACUUAUAUACCGAAACAACAUGACUCAUUUCGCUGCACCCGAUGGAGUAUAUCAAACUGCGAGGUCGAUGGGGAUGGACAAGAAGACCAAUGAAAACUACAAUCUCACUUGGGACUUUCAGGUCGAUUCUAAGUUCACUUAUCUUGUUAGGCUUCACUUUUGUGAAAUUCAACCGCCAAUAACUAAAACGGGAGACAGAAUUUUUUAUAUAUACAUAGCUACUCAAAUUGCGGAGUCUAAAGCUGAUGUAAUUGAAUGGAGUGGUGGAAACGGCUUUCCUGUCUUCAAAGAUUAUGCGGUGACGAUUGAACCAAAGGGAAACGAAAGGGUACAAAAUAUCUCUAUCGCACUGCAUCCCAGGCCUGAAAUAAGUGUUUACUCUGAUGCCAUUCUGAAUGGGCUUGAAAUCUUCAAAUUGAGUAAUGCAGAUAAUCUUGCGGCACCAAAUCCUGACAUAACUCCAAUUAAUCCACCAACUGCAGCAACUCCCAGUCCCAAAUCAACAAAAUCGAACAAUAAUCUAGUGUAAUUUACAAGCAGCAACGAUGCUUGUAGCUCAGCAACAAUUCUGAGAAUGUAAAGUCUGGUGCUAUAUUUUCUGAGAUCACCAACCCAACAGGUCGAUAAGAAACGUUCUAUUUUGGUUGCUAUAAGCUAGUAUAAUAUGUAGAGCCUUGAGAUAAGCUUUUCCAUGUUUGUAGCUCAUGAUGUGUCUGCUGUAAGAGUUUGCUUGUUCUUAAAUUUCAUUUUGAUAAUUUUCUUCUGUAUUACUGUCUUCCUCUAUAUUACAUUUUUUUAAAUUGCCUGAUGUGCCA